AUGGAUCCCAAAUUUUUCAAAGCCAAACCUUCUUCAACCGUUAGUGGAAGCAGUAUUCCAUUCCCUCUCGUCGUCCUCAACCUCACCCUCCGUUUCCUCCAAUUCAUCUUCGGCAUCGCAGUCAUUGGCCUCUACGCCACCGACCUCAACAAUGCACGCAAGCACGGCAUAGGCUCCGACUCAAAAUGGGCGUAUGCUGUGGCGGUGGGCUCCUUGAGCUCUUUCACCGCGCUGGUUUACGUAGUGCCGAAACUGAAGAGCUACUUCGCGUUUGCGUGGGAUUGGAUCUUAUUCAUCCUCUGGGCCGCAGUCUUUGGCAUCUUCGGUAAGAUGUAUAUUCAUGAGCAUACAGAGGGAAAUGGGGGCAUCAAGAGGAUGAAGAACGCCGUAUGGAUUGACCUUGUAAACAUGUUACUUUGGCUUGUCACGGCGGUCAUGGCAACCGUCGCCUUCUUUUCGUUGAAGGGUGGAAGAAGCCUGCACACCGGGCGUGCAGCUGUCUAG